ACUGACGACUGAGGAAGACAACCAGAUUGUCUAGGCCGCCAUGCAGAUCUUCGUCAAGACCCUCACGGGUAAGACUAUCACCCUUGAGGUGGAGUCUUCGGACACCAUCGACAAUGUGAAGUCCAAGAUUCAGGACAAGGAGGGAAUUCCCCCGGACCAGCAGCGUCUCAUCUUCGCCGGAAAGCAGCUCGAGGAUGGCCGCACCCUCUCCGACUACAACAUCCAGAAGGAGUCGACACUCCACUUGGUCCUCCGCCUGCGUGGUGGUAUGGCCAAGAAGAGGAAGAAGAAGGUGUACACCACCCCCAAGAAGAUCAAGCACAAGCGCAAGAAGACCAAGCUCGCUGUCCUCAAGUACUACAAGGUCGAUGGCGACGGCAAGAUCGAGCGUCUCCGCCGCGAGUGCCCGCAGCCCGAGUGCGGUGCUGGUGUCUUCAUGGCUGCCAUGCACAACCGCCAGUACUGCGGCCGUUGCCACCUCACCUACGUCUUCGACGAGUCCAAGUAAACGAAUUCGGGGUGCGAUACGAGAUAUGAGAUGAUCGGACGACAGCUACGAACGACAAGUUGAACCGCAUAGGUUCUUCACAUGCCGGACAUGGAAUCACCAAUCAAAUCUGUCUUGGGACUUCACAAAUGCUGCUUCUUUGUAUCCGUCGUGAUGUGUGCUGGCUGUGAAUCGUGACUCGAAUGCAUUGCACCUUCUGGCACGCCAAUCUUUCGCCAUUAUACGGUAGAAUUGCCACGGCUUGUGCCAAGUUACAAGCUUCAUGUUACCCAAUAGGACGGUUACUAAGUACUUGAGUAUGCAUGUCCUCAACGGGCAAGGCUAGGCGGGAAGAACAACAAUAGCUAGGGCUUGUAGAUUAGAAUAAUUGCGUUGCAUAUCGGACAUAUCACAUUACAAGGCCACAGGGGCGAGGGUAUACACAACUAGAACUCCAUGGCUUCGCCAUGCUCAUCUCGCUCC